AUUCCAUCAAAUACUUUGCCAUUUUGCACCCAUUCUUCUCCAUUCAGUUUCUUUCUUCCAAUUUCUCUCUUUCUCUCUCAUGGCCCACCUCCUCCAGAUCGCUGUCGUCCUCGGCCUCCUCGUCGCCCUCUCCGCCACCACCGCUUCCGCUCGCCCCUGUCGGACCUUCGUCAUAUCCUCUUACACGUUCGCCCUUCCUUCCUCCGACGAUCCCUCCCUUCCUUCCACCGCUACACUCACCACCUUCACCGAGAUCCGCUCCUUCCGCCCUUUCCCCUCCGAGAUCUUCUUCGACCGCGCCGUCGAGGACUCCUCCGCCGCCGUCGAUAUUGACAGCAGCCCUCGCCUCGCCGCACCCUUCGGAUUCUCCUCCGAAGAAUUCAGCUCCCUCCGUGAUCGCACCAAGGACAUCCUCUCCGUCGUCGUCGCCCUCCUCUUCGGCGUCGGCUGCGGCGCCCUCACCGCUGCCACCAUGUACCUUGUCUGGUCCAUGUUCUCAAGCCGUUACGAGUACCGGUACGAAGAUUACCUCGAUGAUGACGAAGAAGAAGAUAAGAUCGAGAGCCCUAAGAAGUUAGGGUACGUGCAGAUUCCGGCCGGGGAGACGAAUGGUCUGGCGAAGAAUGCGGUAUGAGAGUAUAUAUUUAAAACCUUGUGGUUGAAUUAGGGGUUAUGUGGCCCAUUUGUGGAUUGUUUAUUAUAAUCGAAUUAUAGUGGAGAUUGAUAAGAAGAAAGAAAUUGAUUAUGCUGUGUUUGUAAUUUGUUAAUUACGUGUUUAAUUCACCGUCUCCGCUUAUGGGUUACGAUUCGCGUACUUUGCACUGAAAUGUGUUCUGUUAUUGUUAUAAAUGUUAAGUGUUAAUUAUGUUUAUAUAUUUGCUAUAUCGGUAAUUAGCAAAUUG